UGUCAUCACAAGAGAAAAGCUCCUCCAGGAACUCCUACAGCAGAGCAGUGUGUGCGACACAGCAGUGAUGACAGAGAAGGAGAGGUGUCCCAAAGUGGAGCAGUAUGUUGGUGAAAUUAAAGGCGGACUGAGACCUGCCAUGAGACUCACUGUCAUAGGAAUGGUACCUUCCAACCCCAAGAGCUUUUCAGUGACUCUGCUCUGUGAUCCAGUGGAUGCAAACAAAGAUGUUGGGAUGAUAUUCACAGUUAACUUUAGCGAGAAGUCCAUCACACGAAAUGCACGAAUUGAUGGGAAGUGGGGGAUAGAAGAGAAGAAUAUACCCUACUUCCCAUUUAUAGCAGGGGACACAUUUAAGAUGGAGCUCUUAUGUGAACAUCAGCAAAUAAAGGUCUUGCUAGAUGGACGGCAGCUCUGUGACUUCACUCACCGCAUUCAGCCCCUGAACCUGGUGAAAGCUUUGCAGAUCACAGGCGAUGUCAAGCUUACCAAAGUGGCUUAAAAAAAAGAGUUCAUAAUAUUACCAGGGGACGGAAACAAAUGCACUUUCUUCUGUCUGAGAAAUGUUUUAUCUUUUUCUCCUCUUUGAUGUUGGAGAACGGGAACUGUCUUUUUUCAUUUGCUGAUGAAAUACACUUUUUUUUUCUCAUCCAUGUUCAAAAAUUGCAGAGAUAUGGCUGGUCCAGCUAAAUCAGAAGACCUAUACUGAAAUACUUUCUUGUUCUCCCAGAUUAGAAGACUAUUGAUGCUAGGCAGUGUCUCAUAUUCUCUUGGUUCCCUAACCCCUUAGGCAAGCCAGCUAGUGGAGCCCAGUCCUUUGUGGCGGCUGUUGGUCUUGUUAGUGACUAGAAUUGAGUGGCGUGCAAGCAGUGGGAUUAAGAAAGGAGAAGUGGGAAAUAUCUUUGGAAGUCAAUAAGAGAGUCUGGAGGCUCCCAGCAAGGCUCAUGUUAUCAGGAGGGAACUGCUUGUCCAGGAAUCUCCGAUCAGUCAGCACAAACCCGUAUGUGUUUCACAGUACACAGUAGUAGAUGCCUUAGCACCAUCCCUAUCUGUUGCAGGUAGAGUUCUCAGGAACUGAAAGGUUUCAACAGCUGUGGAUUUCCCAGCCUUCUCUGGACCAGCCCUUUGUAAUUGUAUCUGUAGCUGAAACUGUGUCAUCCAUUUUUGCAUAUGAUUAAAACUGUCUUUGCUAGCAAACUUCUUUACCAGCUUUUGUAAAUAUUUGAAUGCAUGCGUAUGCUGUGCUGCUAUUUCAUUGCUGUAGGUUUAGAAAAGAAUCCCAAAUAUAUGGCUACUAUAAUAAAUAUACAAAUAAGAAAGAGGUGGUUUUGUGGAUAGAGACUUUGUGACUUUAGGGACGAUCUAUAGCGUUCUGUCUUUAGAAUGAUUUAGUGACUCUGCGGAAUCUGUCAGAUACAGCUACUCAGAUAGCAGAAAUCUUAUAAAAAUAGCAUAUCAGCAGUUUGGUUGGAUGUUUCAAUCAUCUCAUAUAUUCAGUUCUACUCUGCCACUACAGACUGUUUCUCACUUUCCAUAGUACUAUAAGUUUAAGGUCUAUGAAACCAUUGUU